AUGAGUUCUCGUGUAUUCUUGAUUCGUCAUGGUGAAACCGAAGGGACCGAGGGGAGGAAGCAUAUCAGCACAACCGACAAUAAAGUCUCGAAAUUAGGGGAGAAACAAGUCGAAGAGACUCGGGAGCGGUAUGUCGGUGAGGGCAAGUUGAUCGAUCCCAACAGGAUCUCACGCAUUCCAAGAACACGAGAUCGUCGUACGUGUGAACUCCUCCAUCUGGGAAUGCACCACCACCAGCACUUCUACGAUCGAACCACCAAGCAGACGACAACGACAGCGAUCCCUCCUGUUACGGGCGAAGUGGCCGAAGCGACGAUCCAGAUUACUCCCUCCCUUGUUGAGUGGGACUACGGCGAGUAUGAAGGGCUGACCUCGGGAGAUAUCCACGAGAAACGCAGGCAAGCGGGGCUAGACAAGGAAAGGCCCUGGUCCAUCUGGGAGGAUGGCUGUCCCGGAGGCGAAACCCCUCAGCAGGUCACCGAUCGCCUUGACGAGCUGAUCUGCGAGAUGAGAGAAGUCAUCCAGAGUACUGCUACCACCUGGCCGUCAGGCCAGGUAGUUACUCGCGCUACUGAGGAGCCUCGGGAUAUCGUUUGUGUUGGGCCUGGUCAGUCGCUGGCUGCGUUGGCUAUGAGAUGGACCGGGCAGCCUUUGAAGUAUGGGAAGAGGCUUCUGAUUGAGACAGCCGGUGUGGCUAUACUCGGGUUCGAGGAUGAUGACUUCAAUCAGCCGGCGAUCAUACUAGGAUGGAGGCCUUCGGCUCGUUAG